AUGAAGUCGAUCGGCAUCUUCCCGGGCUCUGGUGCCCUUGGCGGCAGCACUUACGACUACCUGUUGAAGCUUCUGCCCGCCGACCACAUCAUCUUGAUCAACCGGCACCCAGAAAAGAUCCCGCAAGAACACAUCAAGAAUGGCGUCCGGGCGCGCAAAGCCUCAUACGAGUCGAGCCCCUCAGACCUUGAGGCCGUGUUCUCGGGAAUCGAGGUGCUCUUCUUGAUCUCCUACCCAAGCCAUGUGCACGAGUACCGGAAAAAGGUGCAACUGCCAGCAAUCGACGCAGCGCGACGGGCGGGCGUGAAGCACAUCUUCUACAGCUCACUAGCCUUCGGCGGCGACCUCGAGGAUUCGUCCCUGGCGGAGGUGAUGCAAGCCCACCUCGAUUCGGAGCGCUACCUCGCCGAAGCCGCGGCGUCGGACCCGAGCUUCACGUACACCGCGGUGCGCGAGGGUCUCUACUCGGAAUCGUACCCGAUCUACACGGCCUUCUUCGACAUCAACGCGCCGACCGACGAGAUCCUCAUCCCGCACGACGGGUCCGGACCGGGCGUCGCGUGGGUCAAGCGGACGGAACUCGGCGAGGCGACGGCGAAGCUCAUUUCGCAAUACUCGUGGGACCCCGACCACUUCCCGCACGUCAACAAGAAGGUCCUCCUUACGGGCCCGAGGGUGUGGUCACUCGAGGAUACGGUCAAGGUCCUGAGCAGAGCUGCGGGGAAGGAUGUUCGCAUCCGCAAAGUGGACGUCGACGAGUAUGUGAAAUUGCCGCAGGUGCUCUCGCGGUUCGGAUCACAGGACAAAGCGCGCACGUGGGCGACGGCAUGGGAGGCCAUCAGCGCCGGGGAGACUGCCGUCGUGACGGACACGCUCAAGGAGAUUAUUGGGCGGGACCCGGAGGAGUUCGAGGUGACCAUCAAGCGCCUGACGCAGGCGUGA